UCAGCUGUAUGCCAUGCAUUUCUGCAGCACAUCUCAGUAUGUUUCAUUUAGCAGCACCUGCUAAACUGAGUUUUGUGAAGAGCUCAAAAAGGUUCUAAAGCUUAUUUCAACGUUGAUGAGGUUCAAACAAAAUUCUUACAGGAACUAUCCAGUCCGUUAAGAUCAGAGCAAAAUUCAGAAAGCAUGUCUCUGGACGUAAAGGAAAAGAAAGAAGUACGUCUGGUGUUCAUGGGAGCUGCCGGCGUGGGCAAAACUGCUCUAAUCCAGCGCUUCUUGCAGGAUCGGUUUGAACCGAAGCACCGGCGCACCGUGGAGGAGCUCCACAGCAUGGAGUACGAGGUGGCUGGCAUCAAGGUGACUGUGCACAUCAUGGAUACGAGCGGCAGCUACUCGUUCCCAGCUAUGCGCAAGCUCUCCAUUCAGAACGGCGAUGUCUUCGCUCUGGUAUAUUCCGUGGAUGACCCCGAGUCACUGGAAGCCGUCAAGAGUCUGCACAAGGAGAUCCUGGAGAUCAAGGAGGACAAGUUCACACCAGUGGUGGUGGUGGGGAACAAAACAGACUGUAAAGGUGACAGAAGGGUAAACACAGAGGACGUUGUUGCCACCAUGGAGCUGGAUUGGAACAACUGCUUCUUGGAAGCCUCGGCAAAAGAGAACGACAACGUGCUGGAGGUGUUCAGAGAGCUGCUGCAACAGGCCAACGUGCCAAGCCGACUGAGCCCUGCACUGAGGCGUCGCCGAGAGACCUUCCCCAAGAACGCAGGAGCACGUCCACCCAUGAACAAGACCAACAGCUGCACCAUGUCCUAAAGUUCACAGGAAACUAUCCACAGCAUUUUAACCCUUUUAAAUAUUGUGAUCAUCUCAGUACUGACCAUGAACAAAGAUGGAAAGUGCUGAUAAGAAGGGAAGGGGAAAUAAAGAAAAAAAUCUCAAUCCUCAAAUUAUGAAUAGAAUAUGGAAAUAGGGGUGAAAUGUUUUCAACCCUAAGUUGCACUGAACUCUGAUGAAAGCUCACUGUCAAACUUUGGCGGACAAGACUGUAAAAGACUAGAACCAAGUUAUGUGGACUGUAAACAUAAAAUCAAUUUGAAUCCAUUUUGUUUG